AACUUUACUGGUCACAAGUCGUGGAUGAAAUGAUUUAAUUGUGAUCUUCAAUUUCUUUAGGCAAUGUUGUUUGCUCAUCGGGGGUGAUGGGUAAGUGAUGAGGAGGGGAGAUCCCACUGAGUCGGCCUAUUCAUAUACAUAAUUAACUCCUUUAGCAGGAAGCUCGAGAAGCCCAAAAUAACUUCGUCUAACGAAAAUGCGUGCGGCGUGCAUUUCAGGAACCCACCGCAGUGCAGUGUGUGUGAUGCGGAUGGUUUAUUUUGUUUACUUAUACGUAGUGUUACUGGUUACUCUUCUUAUCUAUAUCUGUGAUUGUUAGUUGAGACAAAUAGUGUAUGUAAAUUGCAUAUUAUUUGUUAGUAAUUAAAAAUUCGUAAGUUCAUAAUAACUUGGAUUUAGAAUGUCGAACGUCAAAUUGGCUAUUCGUGUUCGUCCGUUCACGGAAAGAGAGUUGAGGUCUGAGAAAGACAGAGUCCCGGUAGUGAACGUGCUUGACGACAAGAUAGUAACAAUUACCAAUUUAAAAGUGAGUGCCUCAGGCGCGGGUGACAGCAGGGAGCGCGUGCGCCGGUACCACGCCGACUAUACUUUCGACAGCGCUUGCGCGCCCACCAAUCCAGAAUAUGCCACUCAGGAAAAGGUUUUCGAGAGCAUCGGCCGUGACGUAAUGUCAUGUAUCUCACGACUCUCCUCGGUCUGCGUGCUAGCAUAUGGACAGAGCGCCACAGGGAAGACACACACAAUGAUGGGCACGGACUCGCAGCCAGGGCUAGUGCCGCGGCUCUGUAGGGAGCUGGCGUCUGUGGAGUGUGACGUCACCAUCAGUUUCCUGGAGAUCUACAAUGAGCGCGUCCAUGAUUUGCUGGUUGGCGAGGAUCCACCACUGACCUUCAACUCGUUGCCGCGGCGGCGUGGCAACGCGCGUAAAGACCUGCGCGUCCGCGAGCACCCCACAAGAGGACCUUACGUACAGAACCUACGGCGUGUAGCCGUAACCAACGUUGAGGCGCUGCUAGCGCUAGUGGCCGAAGGCUGCCGGCGGCGGCGCACGGCUGCUACACGCCGGAACUCCUCCUCGUCCCGGUCGCAUGCUCUGCUGGAGCUGAGCACGCCCAAGGCGACCUUGCAUCUAGCUGACCUUGCUGGAAGUGAAAAAGCCAGCUGGGAGGGUGUUGGAGGAGGACGCCAAAAAGAAGGUGCCAAUAUUAACAAGUCCCUCGUGGCUCUUAGCAAUGUCAUAUCCGCAUUAGUGAGCGGCAGCAGCGGCCGUGGACGGUUUGUUCCUUACCGGGAUUCAGCUCUUACUUGGCUUCUAAAAGAUUGCUUUACGGGAGGCGCCUGCACUUUUAUAAUAGCAACGGUUUCUCCGAGUGUAGCCUGCUACGGCGAGUCGGCUUCCACCCUCCGCUGGACGUCUCGCGCGCGCCUACUGCCUCCCCCGCGCAUCGCCCCGUCUGCAAGGGCCUCCAUACAGGCUCACUACAAUAUCUUGCUUGCUGAGCUCUGCCGGCAUCAUAUAAGAUACGUCCCAGAAACUGGAAGACUAGUUUAUGAAGACUCCCAUUGGGAUUUAAAUCCAAAAAAUGUGGAAAUUGUAGAUGAUAACCCAGCUAAAAUAGGGAACUUUAUGGAUAUGUUACAACAGAAGACUGACACCAAACCAGAAUCUGUGGCUUCAGCACACACUAGUUCAGAUGUGCUGAACGCCGCAGAUGAUAAUGUUAACAUAGCUAACGAAAUCAACAAGGAGGUAGAUAAGUUACUUGUGCCUGCGCUAGAAAGGACAAGAAGUGAACUAGAAAUUUUGGCUCCACUUCGACAUAAAAGACGACAUUAUAGGUCUCAAGAAGUGCUGUCUAUCGAUAAAACCAAUAAUCACGAACCAAUGGCUCUUCAAACUCAUGAGCGAAUUCGUGAAAAUUCUGGUAAAACUCAUGUUCCUAUUUUAUACGAUAAUCAAAGAGCAGAAAUUGUUGCGUCGGUUACUGAACGAUUGUACUCGAAGCUGAAAAAGAAAGAAGAAGCGGCUGUGUCCAAAGUGGAAUCGAUGGUAGAUAAAAAGAUUGUAGAGCCACUAAGUGAACUAAAAAUUUGCACCAACGCCAGGCAGCGUUUAAUGGAAAUAAGUCAGAAAGCGUUAAGAAAUAAAAGAAGGAUCGGCAUACCAGCCCAUACACAAACACGACGGACUGUUAUCCGAGUAAAAGACCAAGGUAUUGAUGUGCAGACUGACUUGGAAUCAUAUUUUGAUAAAAAUGAACAUUCCUUAGUUGCUUGUCGGGAUGCUAGCACUGAAACUAAACCUAUAACACCACGAUGCAAAGAAAUUGCUAUUGGUCCAAAAUGUGGUUCCUUGCGCUUAUAUGAUAAAUCAACAGCUACUGAAGCCAGGCAAGUUAUUCUAAAAAGUACUUUUGUUAUGACUGACGAGGCGGUGAAAUUUGAUAGAUACACACAAACUAGAGUCCUACCGCCUCCAAGGCGCAAACGCACAAGCAAAGCCAAUAUUAGUGAAGUCAGUCAAUCGAAUAAAGUAGACGAAUGUAUAUCUAUGCCCAUUAUCAGUAUAAAUAUAUCUCAGAGAUACGCAGAGUCAGAAUCUCAAAGUUCGGAUGAAAACUUAGAUUUAUCUAAUAAAGGUACUGUUGAUAGAGCCAGCAGUGUUGGAAUCACUCCCGAUUUACUUACUAAUCAUAGCAAUGUAGAAUCAGUAACUAAAACACAUAAGGAACCAAUUACAUAUCAAGUUGGUAGUAAUCAAGUUCCCUGUACAGUUAGCCACAUGAACGUAACCAAAGGAGACGAUACUUUAAAUUCAACAAAUUACAGUACUGAAGAUUUUCCAGAUACGGAAAACUGUGAAUUGCCCCGUGUAUCCGUAAACUGCUCGAGCAAAGCAAGUCAAAAUGAAAUGAAAGAUAUAAUAUUAGGCCGUAAUGAUGACAAAUAUCCAUUCAAUAUCAUACUUUCACCACCUCGAGAAAACAAUACAAAAAGGAUCGUGAAGUUUAAAGAAAAAAUAUUAAGUCCUCCAGAUCAAGCUAAUACAUCGAGUAAAAUGUUAAAAGAUAACGAAGAUCAAUGCUGCAAUGGCCGUACUAAUUAUCAGAUAGACUCAACUAAAACAAAUGACCAUGAAGAACACGACAAUACAUUAAAUUAUAAUUCUGAUAUUAAGCAUACAGAUGUAGAUACCGAUGGUGCUUCUCAGGCAUGCACUUCUUCUGACUCCGUAGAUUCUGGUAAAGUAGAUUCAGAUUCGUUUAUUUGGGAGCAAGGUGGCGUUGAUCAUAUGGACUAUAAACCAUAUAAUUUACCAAAUCAUCAUUACACACCCGUAUACAACAACAAAUUAAAAUAUAAAACUGCUAAAUCCCGCAUUUAUAGAGAAUUUUUAGGAUUAGACAAAGAACAAUCUGAUAAAGAUAAACGUUAUUACGAAUCAUUGACCGGGGAUAACACUAGAGAUUACAGCUCUAGUGAAAGCAAUCAUACUUAUAGCUCGCGAUAUAAAUUCUUACAAAGCAAAAAAUUCUUUGAAGACCAGAACAAAACAUAUAACAAACAAAACGAUGUUUAUGACCAGCUCGAAAAACAAAUACUUGAUUCGUGUGACAGUUUAGAAAUUUCUGCCGAUAAGUACAAUAGGUAUUUGGUGCAAUAUCGCAGAAAUUCUACAGGAUACUCGAACGAAAGGACUCCAAAGAAAUAUUUGCAACAUUUAGUGCAAUUAAGGAGAGAAGUAGUCAAAGCUGACAGCGACACUACUCCUACUGACAGUUAAAAAUAAUUUGAUUAAGUAACUUCAAAUUGGAAAUAUUAGUCUUAGGAAUUAUUAUAUUACAUGCACAAAUGAUUAAGCGUGUAAACUUUUCCCCUAUUAUGGGCAAUAGUUAUGAAGUAGGUAAGUAAUUGCGAGUUCAUAAAUUAAGUAUAUAAUUAUGUACAUAUAUAUAUAUGUAUAUCGUCAAAUGACAAGCAAAACUUACUUAUUACCACCACAAGUUAAUAGCCAUAAUGAACCAUAUUACUACAAAAAUAAGAUUGAUUUAAUUAUUUUUUAGUAAUUAGUGAGUUUUGCUUGUCACCUGACGAUAUAUAUGUCGGUACUGUUCAUUUAAAUUAUAAGCUACGUGUAGAAUUUCAGUCAGCUUAGGCUACAUUAUUAUAUAAGUACAGUUACGCAUAUACGGUGUCACAUUGUAAAUUGAUGUAAUAUUAUUAGGUCCUUACAAUACCUAGAAUAGUAUCAGUACAGUAUUUAUUUUCUGAUUAAAACCGUAGGUACAGUGUAGAGCCAGACCAAGAUAAGUUGGCAGCGAUUUAGAUAGCUCAGACAGCGAAAGUGUUAUUUUAAACGUCAAACAUCUAUAUAACGUUUACUUAACACGUGCACAGGCUGGGAUAUCAAAAUCGUUGCCAACUUAGCUUGGUCUGACUCUAUUGCUUUACUUAUAAAUAAUAGCAUUGUUUACCAUGUCUUAAAUGUAUGUUACUUAAUGUGAAAAUGAUAGCAAUACUAUUUUUUGUUAUGAUUCUAUUCUAAAAGUGAGAUAGAUAAAUCUAUAGUGAUCAAGACACGUUUAUAAUGUUACUUGUAUACUUACGAAUGUUAAUUAAAUUGCAUUUGAUGUCCUUUAUAAAAUGAUUUCUUAGACAAGGUUAUGUAAUCGAUGCAAUGUAUAAGUAGUCCUUGGAAAUGAAGAUAUUAAAUGUAAUAAC